UGGUACACACGCUCACGCUGCUCCCCGCGCUCUGUGAGCUGUGGACCGGCGGAGGGCUGCAGGACGGGACCGGGGACCGGGACCGCAGCGCCGGGACAAGAACUAAACCUCCACCCGGGAUGGACUGAAGCAAGGCCCGCUGGAGAGAGGUGAGCUGACCGGGUGAGAGGGAUCACACUGGAGGAAACAACAACAUGGAGAAACCCCCGCUGACCUCUGAGGAUUCACUUUCUCAUGGAACGUAACAUUUUUUCUCAGUGCAUCAGAGACGCAGGCGGGCAGACAGGAAGAGGACGUUAUGGACUGACUGAGCACAUGUGAACAGAUGAGUCACGUAUGAGUGAUAGAUGAUGUAACAGCGUCUGGGACGCUCCUCUUUCACACCAUGGAGAUGAUUGCUGCAGCAGAGAGGGGAAAAGUGCUUUUUUAGAAGCUUGUGACCUUCAUGUAUUUAUUUUACCAAUGACAAAACAAGUUGCAAUCUCAGGCGGUGGAGAGGCAAUGACCUAAUUCAGAUUAAAUGACCUCAUACCGAUAAGUAGUCCGCCUCCUCGCCGGGUGAUGGAACAUAAUCACAAAUGGACUCUUAUCAUAGAUGCUGGAGUGUGUGAGGUUACUUGAUAUUCUCUGUGUGGUUGUGUGUGUAGGUUUGUGUGUGGUGAGGUUUGAUGCUACAUACAGCUAUGUUGCGGCGUGGACUUUUAACCUGGGUCUCCCGUGUUGGGGGCGCGCUGGUGCUCCUCUGCUGCUCCCUGUCACUGCUCUACGUGAUGACCUGCAGCCCCCCACACUCCGAUGACCCGCCGCUGAGUCAUGCGUUACCCCGCGCUGGAUCAAAUCACCCCAGCCUGGGGGGCACAGGACCGGGAGUGGGAGCGGGGGCCGGUGGGACAGGAGGAGCCGGAGUUGGGCCUGCUCAAAGCGGAGGAUCAGCGGGUGUCCAGUCGUACCAGGUGCUCCUCCAAGAGCGUGAGGAGCAGCACCGACACCACAUCUCCUCCUUGAAGAAAGAGAUUGCACAGCUGAAGGAGGCUUUGCAGGAGCGCAGCCAGCAGCUGAAAGGAGUGCAGGAGAGCCUGAAGAGAGGAGGCCCCGCAGAGGGACCGGAAACUGGGGUCGGGUCCCAGGCAGGCGGCCUCGUAGAGACUCAAGGAGCCAAGAGCCAGCAGGCCGAUCUCCAGGACUUCCUGAGGAGCCAGCUCUCAAAGGCUGAGGUGACUGCCGGCAUCAGGCUGCCCAGCGAGUAUGCGGUGGUGCCAUUUGAGAGUUUCACGCUGCAGAGGGUGUACCAGCUGGAGAUGGGCCUGACGCGUCACCCUGAGGAGAAGCCGGUGAGGAAGGACAAGAGGGAGGAGCUGGGGGACGUGCUGGAGACGGCCCUGCACAGCCUCAACGCACCCCCAUCCCAGGACGGCAGGGGCGCAGCAGAGAAGACGCAAAGUAGCAAAGUUUACGCACCGUCCGACUUCAUAGAAGGUAUCACUCGCACAGAGAGGGACAAAGGGACGCUGUACGAGCUGACCUUCAGAGGGGAGUCGAGUAAUGAAUUCAGACGCUUGGUCCUGUUCCGUCCCUUUGGACCGCUGAUGAAAGUGAAAAACGAGAGGGUGGACACAUCAAACAUCCCCAUCAACAUCGUCGUCCCGCUGUCCCGGCGCACAGACAAGUUCAAACAGUUCAUGCAGAACUUCAGGGAGGUGUGUGUGCGGCAGGACGGCCGAGUCCAUCUGACAGUGGUGUAUUUUGGGAAGGAGCAGAUGAGCGAAGUCCGCAGCACUCUGGAGAACACGUCCAGGGAGGUGAACUUUAAGAACUUCACUCUGCUGCAGCUGGACGAGGAGUUUUCUCGGGGUCGAGGUCUGGACGUCGGGGCCCGGGCCUGGAAGGGAGGCAACGUGCUGCUCUUCUUCUGCGACGUGGACAUCUACUUCACCGCCGACUUCCUCAACAGCUGCCGACUGAACACACAACCCGGUAAAAAGGUUUUCUACCCAGUGCUAUUCAGCCAGUACAACCCCACUCUGAUCUAUGGAAGCCCUGAACACAUCCCAACUGUGGAGCAGCAACUGGUGAUCAAGAAAGACACGGGGUUCUGGAGGGAUUUCGGCUUCGGCAUGACCUGCCAGUACCGCUCCGACUUCAUUAACAUAGGAGGUUUUGACAUCGACAUCAAAGGCUGGGGAGGUGAGGACGUCCACCUCUACAGGAAGUACCUCCACAGCAACCUCCUCGUGGUGCGGGCGCCGUCACGAGGCCUGUUCCACCUGUGGCACGAGAAGCAGUGCGCCGAUGAGCUCCCGCCGGACCAGUACCGCAUGUGCAUGCAGUCCAAGGCCAUGAACGAGGCCUCGCACGGCCAGCUGGGGAUGCUGUUCUUCAGGCACGAGAUCGAGGCGCACCUCCGCAAACAGAAGCAGCAGCAGAACUCAAACCCCAAGAAGACAUGAAGACUCACAAGUGGUUGAGUCAGACUCACUGCAAUGACUGCAAUCAGUUCGAAGUGAGGAGACGAAACCGGCUGAUAUGAACUACAUAAGAUUUUAAAGGAGUAGUUCAACUGUUUUUAAGGGAUUAUGCUUAUUUGCUUUCUUUUCAAGGAUUUCACUCUCAUCUGUGUACACAAAAUAUGGAGCUGGAGUCAGAGGUGACUAGCUUAGCUUAGCAUAAAGACUGGAAAUAGAGGGACACAGCUAGCUGGCCCUGUCUAACGAUGAAAUAACCUGCGUAUUAAGGACGAUUUCAAGUAAAAGUAUUUAUAGCACAUUUCGUGAAGACGUUUCACCAGGCUUCUUCAGCUCUAACUGUGUGAUGGGAGUCCCAGGUAUUUACCUUGUAGGGUCGUUAGGAGUCGUUGAGGUCACCUCAUAGGCUGGAGCCACCCUGCUGUUGGUUUUGUUGGGAGUCGUUUGCGGGUCGUUGAGAGUCGUUGACCUACCCGCCCCCUGUGAGCCAUGUGUCCUAAGGUGUGAAUUGUGGGGAAACUUCCUGGUGAUGGAAGCCAAGACUGUGUUGUAUGUGGCUACUGUACUACUACUACUACUACAGUAGUAAUACACAGUAGAUAGUGUCUUAAACCUCCUCCUCUGUUCAGAGAUGGUUUCUCUGGUUUGACGUAGAUGGCUUCCUUCACUCCUCUUUCAAACUUCCCUGGACAAAAUGUGGACAUUGUUGUCAUCAAAUGAAUGUCCCUUGUACUUCAGAUGUAGGUGGACUGCUGAGUCCUGACCUGAGGAGCUGGCUCUCCUGUGCUGUGCCAUGCAUUUGUGAAGGGGUAGUUUAGUGUCCCCAGUGUACAGGUCUGUGCUUUCCUCACUACAUUCAACUGCAUGUACUACAUUGCUCUGCUCAUGUCUGGGUGUUAUCUCUUUGGGAUGGACCAGUUUCUGCCUCAGUGUGUUGGUGGGCUUGAAAUGUUCUGGGAUGUGGUGUUUGUUGAAAAUCCUCCUUCAGAUACAACAUAAUGGAUCACAACAUGGUGAUAUUAUACAAAUAAAAUGGCCCGUCUGUUAUACAGUUAUAUUAUGUCAUAUAAACAUUAUUUCUCUUGCAAUAUGUUUAAGCACAAUUUUAGUGCUAAAGUGGUUUGAGAUGGUAGAAAUGUACGACUUCAUGAAAGGCUCAAUUUUAUUUUUCUCUAAAUUUUUUCUAUUUCUCUUCAUGGAUCAGUCUCUUGAUAAUUUUCUCAAAUCAAUUGACGUCUGAUUGAACAUCAAAAUGAUUUAUUACAAAUAUUAAACGGAAAAGCACCAUAUUCUCAAAUCUGUGAUGCUUGAAUCAUACAAUUUCAGCUUGUUCAAUUGAAAAAUGUAAGUAGUUGGCAAUUCAUUUUUCUGUUAUUUGGCUGAUUCUUUACCUGACUAAUUAUUUCAGCUCUACCUGUGUACUUGGUUUUGUACUGUAGUUAAAUCUAAAACAAAACAAGUUUAAAAGCAUAUUCAUAAAUAUGUAUAGUAUUCAAAAAGUCCAAUCUGUAAAGUUACUCAUAAAGCUGUUAAUUCAUUUUAGUGCAGUUUCUCUUUUAAAAUGUAGUGGAGUGAGGGUAGAAGUGGCAUAAAUGAAAAUACUGAGGUACGCUACAUGUACACAAGUUCUUAUUUUAAUAUUACGUAGAGUACACAGUACUUGAGUAAAUAAGCUUAGUUACAUUCCAUCUCUGCAAGUUGAAAGGCUGCCCGCUGUAUUUUCAUAUUUUGUGUCCAGGCAUGAGAGAGGAAUCACUCGUCUAGUAAAACUUUCUUGAAGAGUGAGAAUAAGCAUAUUUACCAAAAUAUCCAACUAUUCCCUAAAUGAAAAAUGUGAAGACUUUUUAACCAACUUUAAAGGAUCCAGAUCAUGUUGUUGCUCUGUUGUAGCUGUGGAUGGACAAUGUGACGUUACUAGUGGGCUCAAUAAAAGUGAGUCAGGCAUUAAUAUCUCAACAGCUUCUAUUAACAUCCAAACUACUGCAGUACUCUUUUGUCCGAUUAUGUGCAUUUGUGUUUUCCUGUGUAACUGCAGCAAGUCUUUUCAGAGAGAAAAGACAGGGCCUGAACUUUGAGCUGGAACAUUUCUGAACCAUGUGCCUUGUGUAGAGAAAAAACCUGAACACUGUCUCGUCAAUACAGGUUUUUAUAUGUAGGGAAAGAGAACCACCUAGUGGACUGAAUAUGAAAAUGAAUAGCAUGUAGGUUAAACAAUGAAGGACUUCUUCAAAGCCUGCAAUGGCCUUGUAAAGCUUUUUAUAAAUUAUUGAUCAGUUACUUUUAUUUAUGUUUGUUAUUAUCUUGUGUAUGUCACCAUUUAUACGGUUCUGUUUGUCUCAUUUAAAAUGCAGUAUUGUGUGUAUGUGCCAUUCAUCUUUUUAAUUAGGUGAGAGUUGGUGUUAAAGUUAAAGGAAAACAUGCCAUAAAUUGCAUUAUCUCUACGUAUUUGUCCGUAAAAUGACUUUUUUCUCUAAAGCCUACUGAGUAUAAGAUGUAUGUGUGUGCCCUUAAUAUUAUUACACAUGUUUAUUUUUUUAAAGAGAAAACAUGAUAUAGACUUAGUUGUGUUUUUGUCACAUAAUUAAUUAGUGCACACGUAAUGGAUGGAUAAAGGACGAAUAACGGACUGACAGUAAUCCUGAUCACUGUCAUGACGCUGACGGCGACUUAACAAGUCAGAAUGAGACUUUUGAUUGUUAUGUUUUUGUUUCUCAUGUCAUAAGUAAAGUUCAGAGUGCAAUAAUGAAAGAGAAAAUGGGAUGUUUCAUGUAUUGCUGCCAAUCUUCAGCUGCCUCGUGGUGGCUUAUAUUUCAUUUGUUUUAUUAUACUCACACAUAAUUAAAUUGCCAGCACUUCUUCAAUCAAAACAAUCAUGUAACAAUGUAUUUUUGGUGUUUGACCAAAGACGUGAAAAAGGCACUUUUUUUUGUUUUAUUGAAACAUUCCUUGUAAUAAUACAUCAAAAACCUUUACAUGUCAAUGUUAUCUUUUCAUUUAAUGUAAAUUAGUUGAAUAAAAUAUUUGUGUAUUGUA